GAGACGAGAGAUGUCUUGUACGACCUGCAGACCCGGGUCCAGAAAGCCAAGUUAAACGUGGAAAACAUCACCCAGCUGAUGGAGGAGUGCUCAGCUGCUCCCUUGUUUGAAAGGAAGGGCAAGAAGGAGGCAGCGCUUUUGGACCUGGACAGGAAAGCCAACACCUUAACCAAGCGCUGUGCUGCCAUUAGGGAGGCAGGCGUAAAGAUUCAGGAGAUGGUGGAGGAGAACGCAGGUCUGCUGAAGGCUGAGAAGUCAUCGCAGAUAUGGCUGGACUAUGUGGGAUACAUAGACGGGAUUGUGCUGGACAGACUCUUCAGGCUCGUCCACAAGUCGCUGCAGCUCCUCACCAACAUGGCCCCUGACGCCAACGUGGCCCCGUUGUUGGAGGUGCGUAUGGAGCUGUGCGAUGGCAGAGUGCGGUACAGUCCCUCGCUGGAGCAGGGAGAUGACAACAGCUUGUUGGAGCUGGUGGAGAGCCUGCUCAGCGAUGCCUACACGUGUGCGGCGUGCGUGCCCCGGCUGCUGGAGGGGAAGCCGAGCUACAAGACCACCCUGGAGGAGCAGGAGGAUCUCAGCACAAUGCAGGAGGAGGUGGUGUCACUGGUGGUCAGUGCCAUGAUGGAAGGUGAGGAGUACAGCGCCGGCUUCAAGGAGCAAACCCACCUGUGGCUGGAGGACCCCGGGAAGUUCCUGCGGCACUUCCUUGCCUGGGGCAAAGCACCCAGUCCUGAGGAGCUGGAGCUGCAGCCAGAGGAGUCCCCAGCUCAUGGGACCCCAUCCCUCCAGCUCUGUCAGCAGGAGAUUGACACGUGCGAGGCGCUGUGCAAGGAGGUGUCGGGGUUCGCGAACACCAAGGUGUUUGGGGGGUGGCUGCAGAGCGACUGCCGCCCCUUCAAGCAGGCACUGCUGGGCACCAUUCGGCACCGGGGCCUCGCGCUCCGGCAGCACCUCGCCAGCCACGUCACCACCAGUCUCCAGGAGCUGGAGAAUUUCAUCCAAGAGGUGAAUGCUGGCUUGAAUAGACCUCUGGAGGAGGGAGACCGCGAUGGGCUGGUGGAGGUGAUGGGGCACCUGAUGAGGGUGAAGGAGAGGCAGGCAGCGAUCGACAGCAUGUUUGAGCCCCUGAAGGAGACGGUUGCCCUGCUUAGCUCUUACGGAGAGGAGAUGCCGGAGGAGAUCCACCUACAGCUUCAAGACCUCCCCGAGCUCUGGGACAGCACCAAGGAGCUCUGCCUGCGUAUCAAGCAGAGCGCAGCGCCCCUGCGAGCCGAGGUCAACGUCAUCCGCACAAAGUGCCAGCAGUUCAAGGUCCAGCAGCACGCCUUCCGGGAGAGGUUCCAGGAAGAAGCCCCUUUUUCAUACGCUGACCCAGACCCCUACAAGUCCUUGGACAAGCAACAGAAGAGCAUCGCUGCCAUGGAGAGCGACAUAGCAGCCCUGUCCGAGUCAGCCGGGCUGUUCGACAUGUCGGUCCCAAAGUACAGGGAGCUCCGAGCGUGCCGCAGGGAGCUGCGCUUGCUGAAGGAGCUCUGGGACAUGAUAGUCCUGGUUAACACAAACAUUGAUGACUGGAAGACCAUCAAGUGGAAGGAUGUCAAUGUUGAGCAGAUGGAUAUCGAUUGUAAGAAAUUUGCUAAAGACAUUGGGAGCUUGGAUAAGGAGAUGAGAAGCUGGGAUGCAUUCACAGGGCUGGACAACAGCGUGAAGAACAUGAUAACGUCCCUGCACACCAUGAACGAGCUGCAGAACCCGGCCAUCAGGGACCGGCACUGGCAGAAGCUCAUGCAGGCAACCAAGGUGAACUUCACCCUGUCCGAGGACACAACCCUCGCAGAUCUGCUGCAGCUGAACCUGCACAAGUUCAAGGAUGAGGUUCAUGGCAUCGUGGACAAAGCCCUGAAAGAAUCAGGGAUGGAGAAGGUACUGAAUGCCCUGGAUGCUACAUGGGCAACAACGCAAUUUGAACACGAGCGCCAUGCCAGGACCGGCAUCAUGCUGCUCAAGUUGGAUGAGGAGCUCAUCGAGACACUGGAGGACAACCAAGUACAGCUGCAGAACCUGAUGACCUCGAAGUACACAGCCUUCUUCCUCCAGGAGGUGUCAGGCUGGCAGCAGAAGCUGUUGACCACUGACUCCGUUAUCAGCAUCUGGUUUGAGGUGCAGAGGACAUGGAGUCACCUGGAAUGCAUUUUCAUGGACUCCAAAGACAUCUGCAGUCAACUGCCGGAGGACUCGAAGCAUUUUGAUGCUCUUGAUCAAGAUUUCAAAGAAUUAAUGGCCGAUGCGGUAAAAACUCCCAAUGUGAUUGAAGCUACAAACAAGCCUGGUCUCUACAAAAAGCUGGAAGCGCUGCAGAAAAGAUUGGCACUCUGUGAGAAGGCUUUGGCUGAAUACCUCGAGACCAAAAGACUGGCUUUUCCCAGAUUCUACUUUGUUUCCUCUGCAGACCUGCUUGAUAUUUUAUCUAACGGGAAUGAGCCAGCUCAGGUGUCCCGUCACCUGCCGAAGCUGUUCGACAAUCUGGCUGAGCUGAAGUUCAGGAUGAGUCCGGACAAAAAGCCCUUGAACAUUGGCCUGGGGAUGGUCAGUCGGGAUGAGGAGUAUGUGCCCUUCGACGCAGACUGUGACUUGUCUGGCCAGGUGGCUCUGACGUGCAGCCAGAUCUGGUGGAGCACCGAAGUGGGUAUGGCCUUCUCAAGGCUGGAGAAAGGCUGUGAGAACACCAUGAGGGAUUACAACAAAAAGCAGAUUGCUCAGCUAAAUGCGCUGAUUUCACUGCUCAUUGGAAACCUGACUGCCGGGGACAGGAUGAAGAUCAUGACAAUCUGCACCAUCGAUGUCCACGCCAGGGAUGUGGUGGCCAAAAUGAUCCUGGAGAAGGUGGAGAGCGCCCAGGCGUUCACCUGGCAGUCCCAGCUCCGGCACCGCUGGGACGAGGGGAGGAGGCACUGCUACGCCAACAUCUGCGACGCUCAGCUCCAGUACUCCUACGAGUACCUGGGGAACACCCCCCGGCUGGUCGUCACCCCCCUGACGGAUCGGUGCUACAUCACCCUGACGCAGUCCCUCCACCUCUUCAUGGGGGGGGCCCCCGCCGGCCCCGCGGGCACCGGGAAGACGGAGACCACCAAGGACCUGGGCCGGGCAGUGGGCAUGAUGGUCUACGUCUUCAACUGCUCCGAGCAGAUGGACUACAAGUCCUGCGGCAAUAUCUACAAAGGCCUUGCUCAGACCGGCGCCUGGGGCUGUUUUGACGAAUUCAAUCGCAUUUCAGUCGAGGUUCUGUCCGUGAUCGCGGUGCAGGUGAAAUGUGUUCAAGACGCGAUUCGCACCAAGAAGAAAACAUUCAAUUUUCUUGGCGAGACGAUCGCUCUGAUCCCGUCGGUUGGGCUGUUCAUCACCAUGAACCCUGGCUAUGCAGGACGGACAGAACUGCCUGAAAAUCUAAAAGCUCUGUUCAGACCCUGUGCCAUGGUGGUCCCCGAUUUUGAACUGAUCUGUGAAAUCAUGCUUGUUGCAGAAGGUUUCGUCAAUGCUAAACUUCUAGCAAGAAAGUUCAUUACUCUGUACACACUCUGCAAAGAGCUAAUGUCUAAACAGGACCACUACGACUGGGGUCUGCGGGCUAUCAAGUCCGUGCUGGUGGUAGCGGGCUCCUUGAAGAGAGGGGACCCUGGCCACGCCGAGGACCAGAUUCUGAUGAGAGCUUUACGAGACUUCAACAUCCCCAGGAUCGUGACAGACGACUUGCCCAUCUUCAUGGGGCUGAUUGGAGACCUGUUCCCAGCCGUGGAUGUCCCCAGGAAGAGAGACCUCAACUUUGAGAAGAUCAUUAAGCAGUCCAUGCUGGAGCUGAAGCUGCAGGCAGAGGAGAGCAUCGUGCUGAAGGUGGUGCAGCUGGAGGAGCUGCUGCAAGUGAGACACUCUGUCUUUGUCAUCGGCAACGCCGGCUGCGGCAAGUCCCAGGUGCUGAGGUCGCUCAGUAAGACGUACCAGAACAUGAAGCGGAAGCCAGUCACCGUGGACCUUGACCCAAAGGCUGUGACCUGCGAUGAGCUGUUCGGGGUCAUUCAUCCGUCCACGCGAGAGUGGAAGGACGGUCUGUUCUCUUCAGUGAUGCGUGACCUGGCCAACAUCACACAUAAUGGGCCCAAGUGGAUCAUCCUCGAUGGAGAUAUUGACCCCAUGUGGAUCGAGUCCCUGAACACGGUCAUGGAUGACAACAAGGUUCUCACCUUGGCCAGCAACGAGCGCAUCCCCCUCAACCCCACCAUGCGGCUCCUCUUUGAGAUCAGCCACCUGCGGACCGCCACACCGGCGACCGUGUCCCGGGCAGGAAUCCUCUACAUCAACCCCACGGACCUGGGCUGGAACCCCGUUGUGGCCAGCUGGAUUGACACCAGGACGGUGCACUCCGAGAAAGCCUACCUGACGAUCUUCUUUGACAAGUACCUGCCAGUGUGCCUAGAGAAGCUCAAGUCUGGCCUCAAGCAGAUCACCCCUGUCCCCGAGGUCUCAGUGGUGCAGACGGUGCUGUACCUGCUCGAGUGCCUCCUGACGCCACAGACCACCCCGCCAGACUCGCCCCGGAAGCUCUAUGAGCUCUAUUUCGUCUUCGCCUGUGCCUGGGCCUUCGGCGGGGCCAUGUUCCAGGACGAGCUGGUGGAUUACCGCCUGGAAUUCAGCAAGUGGUGGGUGAACGAGUUUAAAGCCAUCAAGUUUCCUUCUCAGGGGACAAUUUUUGACUAUUAUAUCAACCCGGAAACAAAGAAAUUCAUGCCCUGGACUGAAAAAGUGCCAAAAUUCAAACUCGAUCCCGAAGUCCCUUUACAGGCCUCCAUGGUACACACGACGGAGACCGUUCGCAUCCGCUACUUCAUGGACCUGCUGAUGGAGAUGCAGAGGCCGGUGAUGCUGGUGGGGAAUGCAGGGACGGGAAAAUCGGUCCUGAUGCGGGACAAGCUGGAAGCGCUCGGUGCAGAGGAAUACCUCAUGCAGUCCAUGCCCUUUAACUUCUACACACCCACUCCUCUCACUGCAGCCCUCCUCGAGAAGCCCCUGGAGAAGAAAUCGGGGAGGAACUACGGCCCGCCCGGGACCAGGAGGCUUAUCUACUUCAUUGACGACAUGAACAUGCCGGAGGUGGACAAGUACGGCACCGUGGCACCGCACACGCUCAUCCGGCAGCACAUGGACCACGGGCACUGGUACGACAGGACCAAACUGACCCUGAAGGCCAUCUGCAACUGCCAGUACGUGGCCUGCAUGAACCCGACCGCAGGGUCCUUCACCAUUGACCCCCGGCUGCAGCGCCACUUCACCGUCUUCGCCGUGAGCUUUCCCGGCCAGGAGGCUCUGCUGACCGUGUACGGCACCAUCCUGGCGCAGCACCUGGCCCUGCAGGGGAUGCCGCUGGCUGUCCUGGCUGUCCGGAGCCUGCAGCCCCAGCUGGCAGCAGCAGCACUGGCCCUCCACCAGAAGGUUGCCUCCACCUUCUUGCCAACAGCCGUCAAGUUCCAUUACCUCUUCAACCUCCGGGACCUCUCCAACAUAUUCCAGGGUCUGUUGUUCUCCACCCCUGAAUGCCUGAAAAGUCCCGUGGACUUGGUGCGUCUCUGGCUCCACGAAGCUGAGAGGGUGUAUGGAGACAAGCUCAUCGGUGAAACAGAUCAAAAAGGCUUCGGGAAGAUGCUGGCGGACACCUGCAAAAAGUUCUUUGCUGAACUCGGCGAAGACCUGGUGUUUGCCAAGCCCAACAUCUACUGCCACUUCGCCCAGGGCAUGGGGGAGCCCAAGUACCUGCCGGUGCCGAGCUGGCCGGCUCUGAACAAGCUGCUGGGGGAAGCCUUGGACAACUACAACGAGGUGAACGUGGCGAUGAGCCUGGUGCUCUUCGAAGACGCGCUGGCUCAUGUUUGCAGAAUUAGUCGGAUCUUGGAGUCUCCCCGGGGCAAUGCGCUGCUGGUGGGGGUAGGAGGCAGCGGGAAGCAGAGUCUGGCACGGCUGGCAGCCUACAUCAGCAAUCUGGAGGUGUUUCAGAUCACGCUGAAGAAAGGCUACAGCACCCCGGACCUGAAGCUGGACCUCGCCUCCCAGUACAUCAAGGUGGCCGUGAAGAACAUCCCCACCGUGUUCCUGAUGACGGACUCCCAGGUUGCUGAAGAAUCAUUCCUGGUCCUGAUCAAUGAUUUCCUGGCAUCCGGGGAGGUGCCGGGGCUGUUUCAGGAUGAUGACCUGGAAAACAUUAUCCGUGCCAUGAAGCCCCAAGUGAAGUUCCUUGGAUUGGAAGGCACAAAGGAAAACUGCUGGAAAUUAUUUAUAGAGAAAGUCAGGCAUCAGUUAAAGGUGGGUCACCCUCUGCUCAUCCUCGGCUUCUCGCCUGUGGGCUCGACCCUGCGGGUGCGGGCAAGGAGGUUCCCCGCCGUGGUCAACUGCACAGCCAUCGACUGGUUCCACGAGUGGCCGGAGGAUGCGCUCGUGUCCGUCAGCAGCAGGUUCUUGGAGGAAACAGGGGACAUCGAGCCCGAGGUCAAGGUCUCCAUCAGCCAGUUCAUGUCCUACGUCCACACAAGCGUUAAGGAGAUGUCCAAGACCUACCUGGACAUGGAGAGACGCUAUAACUACACCACGCCAAAGACCUUUCUUGAGCAGAUAAAGCUCUACCAAAACCUACUGUCGAAAAAACAGAGCGAGCUCACUGCCAAAAUCGAGAAGCUGGAGAAGGGGCUGACGAAGCUCCAGAGCACGACAUCCCAGGUGGAUGACCUGAAAGCCAAGCUGGCGGUCCAGGAGGCCGAGGUGAUGCAGAAGCGUGGGGACGCAGCUAAACUGAUCCAUGUGGUGGGCAUCGAGAUGGAGAAGGUCAGCAGGGAGAAAGCCAUUGCUGAUGAGGAGGAGCUGAAGGUCCAGGCCAUCAACACGAACGUGGCCGAGAAGCAGCGAGCCUGCGAGACCGGCCUGGCAAAGGCAGAGCCGGCGCUCCUACAUGCCCAGGAGGCCCUCAACACGCUGAACAAGAACAACCUGACAGAGCUGAAGUCCUUCGAGUCCCCGCCCCAAGCGGUGGUGAACGUGAUGGCAGCCGUGAUGGUUCUGACGGCCCCCAGGGGCAAGAUACCGAAGGACAAGAGCUGGAAGGCAGCAAAAGUCAUGAUGAGAAAAGUAGACACAUUCCUUGACAACUUGAAGAGGUUUGACAAGGAGCACAUCCCCGAGGCCUGUCUCAAGGAGUUUCAGCCCUACCAGUCAGAUCCCAGCUUUGAUCCAGAGUUCAUCAUGCCGAAGUCAAUAGCCGCCGCAGGGCUGUGCUCCUGGUGCCUAAACAUCGUUCGCUUCUACGAGGUGUUCUGCGAGGUGGAGCCCAAGAGGCAGGCGCUGGAGGAGGCCAACGCCGACCUGGUGGAGGCACAAGAAAAACUCAGUCAUGUUAAGAAGAAAAUUGCCGGCCUGAACGCCAACUUGGCAGCUCUCACUGCAGAAUUUGAGAAAGCUACAGUUGAAAAAAUCAAAUGUCAGCAGGAGGCUGAUGCAACCAACAGAGUCAUCACGUUGGCAAACAGGCUCAUCAGGGGCCUGGCAUCCGAAAACAUCCGCUGGGCUGAGUCAGUGGAGAAGCUCCGAGAGCAGGAGAAGAUGCUGUGCGGAGACGUGCUGCUGGUCUCCGCCUUCGUGUCCUACGUUGGCUACUUCACCAAGAAGUACAGGGCCGAGCUGCUGGAGAAGCACUGGAUCCCCUUCCUGAGCGGGCUGGCGGUGCCCAUCCCCGUCACCCCAGGGCUGGACCCCCUCAGCCUCCUCACCGACGCCGCUGACGUGGCUGCCUGGAGCAACCAGGGGCUGCCCAGUGACCGCACAUCCAUCGAGAAUGCCACCAUCCUCUGCAACACCCAGCGGUGGCCCCUGGUCGUGGACACCCAGCUCCAGGGCAUCAGGUGGAUCAAGAACAAAUACGGGGAGGAGCUGCGGGCCAUCCGCCUGGGCCAGAAGAGCUACCUGGACACCAUCGAGCAGGCGGUUGCCGAAGGACAGACGCUGCUGAUCGAGGACAUCGGCGAGACGAUGGAGCCAGUGCUGGAUCACCUGCUAGGCAGGAACACCACCAGGAAGGGCAGAUACAUCAGGAUAGGAGAUAAAGAAGUGGAAUAUCACCCGCGCUUCCGCCUGAUUCUGCACACCAAGUAUUCCAACCCUCACUACAAGCCAGAGGUGCAGGCUCAGUGCACCCUGAUCAACUUCUUGGUGACCCGGGAGGGACUGGAGGACCAGCUUCUGGCUGCUGUGGUGGCCAAAGAGCGUCCGGACCUGGAGACCCUGAAGGUAAGCCUCACAAAGAGCCAGAACGAGUUCAAGAUCAGGCUGAAGGAGCUGGAGGACUCCCUGCUGGCCCGGCUGUCGGCUGCCACGGGGCAGUUCCCGGAGGACACGGCGCUGGUGGAGAACCUGGAAACGACAAAGCGCACGGCCAUGGAAAUUGAGGAAAAAGUGAAAGAAGCUAAAGCCACCGAAGUCCAAAUCAAUGUCACUAGAGAAAACUACAGGCCAGUGGCAGAGCGAGCAUCCCUGCUGUACUUCAUCCUGAGUGACCUCAGCAAGAUCAACCCCAUGUACCAGUUCUCUCUCAAGGCAUUCCACAGGGUCUUCGAGAAAGCCAUGCAGUGCACGACCCCCGACGACGACAUCAAGCAAAGAGUGAUCAACCUGACAGAUGAGAUCACCUACUCAGUCUAUACGUACACCGCACGGGGACUCUUUGAGAGGGACAAACUCAUUUUCCUGGCCCAGAUUGCCUUUCAGGUCCUGGCACUCAAGAGAGAAGUGAACCCGGCAGAGCUGGACUUUCUUCUGCGCUUCCCUUCCAAGGCCAUCGUCGCGUCCCCCGUGGACUUUCUGCAGCCCCAGAGCUGGGGUGGCAUCAAGGUGCUCUCGGAAAUGGAAGCGUUCAAGAACUUGGACAGGGACAUCGAGGGCUCGGCAAAGCGAUGGAAGAGGUUUGUGGAGUCCGAGGCGCCGGAGAAGGAGGUUUUCCCUAAGGAGUGGAAGAACAAGUCAGCCCUGCAGAAGCUGUGCAUGCUGCGGUGCCUGCGGCCCGACAGGAUGACCUAUGCCAUCAGGAACUUUGUGGAAGAGAAGAUGGGGAGCAAGUAUGUGGAAGGAAAGAGCGUUGAGCUCGCCAAGGUGUACGAGGAGAGCAGCCCCUCCAUGCCCCUGUUCUUCAUUCUCUCCCCUGGCAUCGACCCGCUGAAAGACGUGGAGGCCCUGGGCAGAAAGCUGAACUUCACCAUCGACAAUGGGAGGAUCCACAACGUGUUGCUGGGGCAGGGCCAGGAGGCCAUGGCCGAGCGGGCCCUGGAGGUGGCGGCUGCGCAGGGGCACUGGGUCAUCCUGCAGAACAUCCACCUGGUGGCCCGGUGGCUGGACACACUGGAGAAGAUGAUGGAGCAGCACAGUGUGGGCAGCCACGCCAACUACCGGGUGUUCAUGAGUGCCGAGGCAGCCCCCAGCCCCGAGGCACACAUCAUCCCGCAGGGGCUGCUGGAAAACGCCAUCAAGAUCACCAGCGAGCCACCAACGGGCAUGCACGCCAACCUGCACAAGGCCCUGGCCCUCUUCACCGAGGACACACUGGAGAUGUGCAGCAAGGAAGUCGAGUUCAAAUGCGUCUUGUUCGCGCUCUGCUACUUCCACGCGGCGGUGGCCGAGCGGCGCAAGUUCGGCGCUCAGGGCUGGAACAGGUCUUACCCCUUCAACAGCGGGGACCUGACCAUAUCGAUUAACGUCCUCUACAACUACCUGGAGGCCAACCCCAAGGUACCAUGGGACGAUCUCCGGUACCUCUUCGGCGAAAUCAUGUACGGGGGGCACAUCACAGACAACUGGGACCGCCGGCUGUGUCGGACCUACCUGAGCGAGUACCUCUGUGCGGAGAUGCUGGAGGGAGAGGUGUACUUAGCGCCGGGGUUUUUGAUCCCUCCCAGCCUGGAUUACAAGGGGUACCACGAGUACAUCGACCACAACCUGCCACCCGAGAGCCCCUACCUGUACGGCCUCCACCCCAACGCGGAGAUCAGCUCCCUGACCCUCACUUCGGACAGGCUCCUUCGGACCGUUUUGGAAAUGCAGCCCAAAGAAUCAGAGGGCGGAGGAGGCUCAGGUGGCUCCCGAGAGGAAAAGGUGAAGUCGGUCCUAGACGAGAUCAUCGAGAGGCUACCGGAGCCCUUCUGCAUGGCGGAGAUCACGGCGAAAGGGGUGGCCAGGACCCCGUAUGUUGUAGUUGCCUUCCAGGAAUGGGAAAGAAUGAACACCCUGACCCGGGAGAUCAGGNUCAAACUGCUCAGACUUUCCUCUUUUUCCAAGGGAGAGCUGACGAUGACACCGGCCAUGGAGGAGCUGGCCAACGCUCUCUUCUACAGCCAAGUUCCUGAGUCCUGGAGCCGUUACGCCUACCCCUCUCUCCUUGGCUUGGGAGCCUGGUACGCAGACCUGCUCCUUCGGAUUUCGGAGCUGGAAGUCUGGACGACAGACUUCGUGCUGCCUGCAACAGUGUGGCUGGCAGGAUUCUUCAACCCCCAGUCCUUCCUCACUGCUAUCAUGCAGUCCACGGCCAGAAAGAACGAGUGGCCACUAGACGAGAUGUGUCUUUCAGUGGAAGUGACCAAGAAAAACCGCGAGGAUAUAACAGCUCCACCCAGAGAAGGCUCCUAUGUGCAUGGAUUGUUCAUGGAAGGCGCUCGAUGGGACGUCCCCUCUGGCGCGAUUGCGGACGCCCGGAUGAAGGAGCUGACGCCCAUGAUGCCAGUCGUCUUCAUCAGAGCCAUCCCCGCGGACUGCCUGGACGCCAAGAACGUCUAUGAAUGUCCCGUCUACAAGACGCGGAUGCGAGGUCCCACCUACGUCUGGACCUUCAACCUGAAGACAAAAGAAAGAGCCGCUAAGUGGGUUCUGGCCGCUGUUGCUCUGCUCCUACAGGUCUGAGCGUUAAUGACUAUGGAAAACAGCAAAUGCUUUAACUU